AAAAAUAGUCAUAGGAGAGCUGGAGAUGACUUAUUUGAUACAAUUGGAAAGUUUAAGUUUGACAGCAUAAAAUAUUCCUUGCAACCAGAUGGAUUGCCGCGAGCAGCAGAAUUCAUCCUCGAAGAUCUGGAUAAAAAGCAGUUGUCAUGUACACUAUGGGGUGAGUAUGCACAGGCUUUGAGGAAUAUUCCCAACACUUUGGCCGAACCACACAUCAUGCUGCUUCAGUUGUGUAGAGCAAAGACUGACUAUGGUGAGGUCAUUCUCGCGAACUCCUUUUACUGUACAAAGAUAAUAGUGGAUGAGAGUAUCCCUGAGAUUGAGGACUUCCGUACUAAGUUGGUAGCCAGCUCCCAGUCUUCGUCAUCCAGAAACUCCUCCGAUUUUUUAUAGAUCCUGCAUUAGUUAAGUCAGUGGUUGAACUGCUUGCAAUUUCUAAGAGGUCUCGGUGUUGGAUUUUUGGGAAAAUCACAAAUAUUCUCAAUCGAAGGGCUUGGUCCUAUCAAGGGUGUGUAACAGAGUCUUGCUCUAAGAAGGCCUCUUAUGACGGCAACAAGUUUAAGUGCACUAAAU